AUGGCAGAAGCGACCAACUACCCCGACAUAGAAUCGGUGUCUCCAGAAGCGCACCGCAAACAGCCGCACGAGGCGAGUGCAGAGAGCACAGAUAUACAACCAGUUCACGGCGAUAAGGAUAAGAAAGACAAUCCUUUGGGAUCGGACGAUGAGAAAAAAUCGGAAGAGUCUGGGCUUGCACUUCAGAAUCGCAAUCACCAUGGUAACAUGUAUGCAGAAGAUAACAAUGCGGUUGGUACCGAGACGAAGGGCAAGAGUCAAUGGAAACCGGCUAAGACCGAGAGCGCUGACGACAAAAGCCAGUCCGAAGAAGACAGUUCACUACAUGGAGACGACGCGGAGAACACAUAUGAGUUGCGCUUUGACCGGGAAAAGACU